CAUGUGGAUGAUGUAACUUUAAGUUUUAGCCAAUGGCCAGCAUUCUGCUUAUCAAACUACAGUAGAUAAAAUAAAUAAGUGUUACAGAAAGUGAGGCAGAGCUGCUGGCUGUGUGCUCAGUUACAGUCAAAAUGAAGAAUAAAUCUACCAAUCUGCGUGUGCGGCUCCCUGCACUCAUUUUUGCAUUAGAGGUCCUGAUUGUGGUUCUCUAUGCAUUCUUUGUGACAUAUGAAGAUGAUGCUAAUGCACUUCUACAGAACAACCAGACAAAGCCAAUGGAGAACUCAUUGUAUCAGAACUAUCCAUUUUUUGCUGACAUUCAGGUGAUGAUAUUUCUUGGAUUCGGCUGCCUUCUGGCAUUUUUCCGACGCUAUGGAUUCGGUGGAAUGGUGUUUAACUUCCUAAUCGCCACAUUUACCAUUCAGUGGGCCAUUCUGGUGCAGGGCUUCUUUCAGUUUUACUCUGAUGGGAAGAUUCAUCUUGGUGUGCUGAAUCUGAUCAAUGCUGAGUUUGCCUGUGCUGUCGUGCUCAUCUCUUUUGGAGCAGUGUUGGGGAAGACGAGCCCUGUGCAACUCUUGAUCAUGGCCUUGCUGGAGAUCCCUGUGUUUGGGAUCACAGAAUGGGCUGUAGUGAAAUACCUGAAGAUCAACGAUGCUGGUGGCUCGAUCCUCAUCCACAUUUUCGCCUGCUACUUCGGACUGGGUGUCACCUUUGUCCUGUACAGGCCAAGUCUAAGCGAGGGACAUCCAAAAGAGGCGACAAGUUAUCAGUCAGACGUGCUAUCUGUAAUGGGAACCCUGUUCCUCUGGGUGUUUUGGCCCUCUUUUAACUCAGCAUUGACUUUCAAGGGUGACGACCAGCACCGAGCUGUUCUCCACACAUUUAUAGGUCUCAGUGCCUCUACAAUCACCGCCUUUGCUCUGUCCAGCAUGCUCAGCAAGAACGGCAAGAUCAGCAUGGCUGAUGUACAGAACGUUACGUUGGCUGGUGGAGUAACUGUCGGUGCUUCGGUGGAUAUGAUGAUUUCGCCGGUCGCUGCUUAUGUGCUGGGCAUCUUGGGAUGCAUUGCAUGCAUGCUGGGGUACAAAUACCUGAGCCCGUUCCUGGCUCGCCGGCUGCGGUUGCAGGAUCAGUGUGGCAUACACAACCUGCACGGCCUGACGGGACUGAUUUCCAGCCUAGCCGGAAUCUGUGCCAUCCUGCUGGCGACCGAGGAAACGUAUGGCCCCAGUCUCUACCAGACCUUCUCUCAUCGGGCCCCUCCAGAAGGAGACCCUCUGCUAGCGAAGCUGCAGGAACUGAUCCCGGAUCUGGAAGCGGGUUUGGGUCGGACCGCACAGGAACAGGCCCUCUUUCAGGUGGCUGCUGUAUUCGGGACUAUUGCAGUGGCGGCAGUCGGGGGUUUGCUGACUGGUGUGGUACUCAAACUACCCUAUCUGGCUUCCCCCAGUGAUGAGAAAUGCUUCGAUGAUGAGCUCUUCUUUAAUGUUCCUCAAGACUACAACUGUGUAAACGGACCGCAGGACAUAUGGUCCUGUGUUCUCAAAGACACAAACAAAACUGAUGCUGAGUGAAGCAUGAAAAUGAGGAAUAAGUGUAAAUGACUGUUGUGAACUUCAGCACUGAGUACAGUGUAACUAACUAACUGUAAUUGUAUUGACCCCCCCCCCACACACACUUUUCUUUUUUUUAAUAUAUGAUAUAGAAUGAGUUUUGUAUACGGCGUAUCAAAAUAUAUAACAUGUAAUGUUUGAUUUUGAUAAAAUGUUUAUUUGUAGAAUAUAUUUUAUGGAUCAUCUAAUUCAUUGAUACAUUUCAGAUUACCCUUGUGAAAAAGAAGUAUGCUGCUCUUUAGCAAAAUAAAAAAAAAGAGUUAUUGAACAAUAUAUACUUUAAUGCAAGAUUUUGUGUUAUUUGCAACUGAAUUAAAAUAGUUUACAUUUAUUUUACAUGUAAUAGCUGAACUUAAGUAAGUUUUCUGACCCAAUUAAGUAGGAAUUAAAUGCAUCAUAACUUCAUAAUU